UCCCCUAUCCCAGUCUUGGGGCCGCGCCGUGUGUGGGUUCUCUGGCUGGGGGAAGGGGCGGGAGCCUUUUCUGGCCUCCCGAUGGGUCCAUGGGUCCAUCUGACUCCUGGCUGGCCGCUGCGCGCCCCUCCAUCCGAUCCUCCAUCCCGGCCCCUCUCUCCUCUGCCGCGGCUGUUUCCCACUUCCUGUUUUCUUCCCGGCCCUGGCGCCACCGAGGGCUGCCUGGAGUGGGGGAGGUGGUGGGGCCCCCCAGGAGGCCGGCGUGUUCUUCCUCUACCACUGCCCCUCCCUUCCGACCCCCAUAGUCCUUUCGAAAAAAGUUUGGGCAGUUAAGGUGAAUUUGAGGGGUACCCGAGAAUUCUGCCCCCCCCCCCCCCCCCGCAGGUUUCCACAGUCUGUCUGGGAGAUUCCCUACCCCACCUAUGUGGGAUCCAGGUGUGUCUUCUGGGACCCCGCCAUCCCAGCCCUUCCCGUCUGCUGCCUCUUCUCCACCCUGUCUGCCAACGUCCUCAGCUCUUCUCUCAGUGUCCGCUGCUCUGUCUCUGCCUCACUGUCCCCCCCCCACCCCCCACCGCCCCUGUGCUCCAGAGGUUCUGCAUCCCCAGGCUUUCUUGGUGUAGGCCGGGUGGUUCCCUGUUUUAAGCACGUGGACUCAUACACAACACACACUCACACAUGCUCCCCUUGCCCGUGCCUGGCUCCUGGCUCCAGAGCCUGGGGAACAGAGCCCCAUUGAGACACCCUGACGUCACCCCCCAUCUUCCUUCUCCCCCCAAAGCUGGGAACAGGCCCUCAUGUAUGCCGUGUCCGAUGAGGAAAGCUGGCUUUGGGGUUGGCCUGGGAAUGGGGAGGGUCGCUGCCAUGAGUGGGAGCCAGAGUUCUGGCCCAGGAGCGAGGUUGUUCAGGGAGGGGGCUUAACUAAGGGGGCCUGGGUCAGCCCCCGGAAUGCAGCUUGAGGCCUUUCCAGAGCCCCCCACCUCCCUUCUGAGUUCCCUUUGUGUUGCAUGUAGUCUCUCUCACUCCUUCUCUUCUGCAAAGUUUAUUUUUAGCCUCCUGCUCCCCCGCUCCCAGGACUGUCGCUGCACACACGUUGCCUGGUUACCGGGACAAGGAGGCUGGGGCGGGUGGGCUGGGAAGGGUGGCUUUAAUUUUGGGGGGAGGGUGGAAAUCAGUACACCCUCCCAACCCUAGACUGAUGUCUCAGGGGCUUCGGCCCCCACCCCGAGUCCAAGAGCCAAAUUGGGGCUUGUUGGGGGUGGGGGCGGGGGUGUAAAGCUUGGUGCCAUGAAGGGAGACAGGAGUUUUUUGGAGAAGGUUGGUGGAUGCAUGAAGCGGGCGGUCUCUUGGGUUCCCAAGAGCCUCUGGGCCCUGAACAAGACCGUCAGACCUGGGUUCUCUAGCAGGGCUUUGCCUUCCCGGAUUGGGCCUACAAGCCAGAGUCAUCCCCCGGCUCCAGGCAGAUCCAGCUGUGGCACUUUAUCUUGGAGCUGCUGCGGAAGGAGGAGUACCAGGGUGUCAUCGCCUGGCAGGGGGACUACGGAGAGUUUGUCAUCAAGGACCCCGAUGAGGUGGCUCGGCUCUGGGGGGUCCGCAAGUGCAAGCCCCAGAUGAACUAUGACAAGCUGAGCCGGGCUCUGCGCUAUUACUACAACAAACGCAUUCUGCACAAGACCAAGGGGAAACGGUUCACCUACAAGUUCAACUUCAACAAACUGGUGCUGGUUAAUUAUCCUUUCAUCGACGUGGGCUUGGCUGGGGGUGCGGUGCCCCAGAGCGCCCCGCCAGUGCCGACAGGCGGCAGCCACUUCCGCUUUCCUCCCUCGACGCCCUCCGAGGUGCUGUCUCCCACCGAGGACCCCCGCUCACCGCCGGCCUGCUCUUCAUCAUCGUCAUCCCUCUUCUCAGCUGUGGUGGCCCGUCGCCUGGGCCGGGGCUCGGUCAGUGACUGUAGCGAUGGCACGUCAGAGCUCGAAGAGCCCCUGGGAGAGGACCCCCGGGCCCGACCGCCCGGCCCCCCGGAGCUGGGUGCCUUCCGUGGGCCCCCGCUGGCCCGCCUGCCCCACGACCCUGGUGUCUUCCGUGUCUACCCCCGGCCCCGGGGUGGCCCUGAGCCCCUCAGUCCUUUCCCCGUGUCGCCUCUAGCUGGGCCUGGCUCUCUGCUGCCCCCACAGCUCUCCCCGGCUCUGCCUAUGACCCCGACCCACCUGGCCUACACCCCGUCCCCCACGCUGAGCCCUAUGUACCCCGGAGGUGGCGGGGGCCCCAGCGGCUCAGGGGGAGGCUCCCACUUCUCCUUCAGCCCCGAGGACAUGAAACGGUACCUGCAGGCCCACACCCAAAGCGUCUACAACUACCACCUCAGCCCCCGCGCCUUCCUGCACUACCCUGGGCUGGUGGUGCCACAGCCCCAGCGCCCCGACAAGUGCCCGCUGCCGCCCAUGGCCCCUGAGACCCCACCGGUCCCCUCCUCGGCCUCGUCCUCCUCUUCCUCCUCUCCAUUCAAGUUUAAGCUCCAGCCGCCCCCCCUGGGACGCCGGCAGCGGGCUGCUGGGGAGAAGGCCCCAACGGGAGCUGACAAGGGCGGCGGCCUGGCCCUCAGCGGCGGUGCAGGCGGGCUGGCCGAGGGGGCUGGGGCUCUGGCCCCGCCACCGCCGCCGCCGCCGCAGAUCAAGGUGGAACCAAUCUCCGAAGGCGAGUCGGAGGAGGUGGAGGUGACUGACAUCAGCGACGAGGAUGAAGAAGACGGGGAGGUGUUCAAGACACCUCGUGUGCCACCUGCACCCCCAAAGCCUGAUCCGGGCGAGGCGCCCGGGGUCGCCCAGUGCAUGCCUCUCAAGCUGCGCUUUAAACGCCGCUGGAGUGAAGACUGUCGCCUCGAAGGGGGUGGGGGCCCUGCUGGGGGCCUUGAGGAUGAGGGUGAGGACAAGAAGGUGCGUGGGGAGGGGCCUGGGGAGGCUGGGGGCCCCCUCACCCCAAGGCGGGUGAGCUCUGACCUCCAGCACGCUACAGCCCAGCUCUCUCUGGAGCAUCGAGAUUCCUGAGGGCUGUGGGCAGGGGACCCCCGUUCCCUCCACCCCCCAUGCCUCUUUUGCUGCCUUAACCCCCCAUUUCCCGGAGGUGAGGGCAGCUUUUUAGUCUUGCUCCGCCGCCGCCUCUUUCCCCUCCCCCAUGUUUUGUAUAAAACUUUUAAUUUCUUUUUUUUUUUUUAAAUGGUGAGGGUGGGUGGGUGCCCAGGGUGGGGGGCCGUCCCCUGUCCCUGUGGGUUUCUAAGCUCCGGGCAAAGUGGUGGGGGUGGGAGGGAGGGGGGAGUUAAGGGGGCCACCUCCAUUCUGGGGAAUUUAUAUUUGAACUGAGGCUCCGGCCUCAAAGCCCAGGAACUUUUUUUAUUACAAUCGUUUAGGAAGUAAAGCCUUGUCUCCCUCCCUGUCCUUUGCCUCCUGUACCUCUCCUUAUCCAUCCCCGGCGUCCUCAGCCCCAGUCCUGCCUUCCCCGCCCCUCCAGGGGCCGUGAGUGCCUGGGUUUCUCAUAGCCCCACAGGGCUGCAGCAGAGGAGGGAGGGACAUUUUAUGAUGAACCAAAAAUUCCGUGUUGGGGGGGUGGGGGCAGAGGAGGGUGAGGGGUGCCGCCCAUAGGCCACAAAUCUCUACAAGUGCCUGCUACCCCUCUCCUGGUCCCCACCCCAGUGCCAGUCCAACCCCUUCACCCCCCAGCUGCUCCUAGGACUUGCCCCAUAGGCAGGCGGGUGGGGAAGGGGGUGCCCUGAAACCAAACUGGAAGCCCCCUCUGCCUCCCAGCUGGGGCCCCUGGGGUGGGGGUCUGUGGUCAAGCCUUAUUCUGUAUUGGGGAUGGAGGGUGGGUGGGGAGGGAAGUCGGGGGCUGCUGGAGAAUGUAUUCAAAACAAUAAAAACUUUGGACCUUU